AUGGUUAGGACUAACUCCUUCAAAGUCGAAUCCAGAGAAUCAUGUUCCCAGAUGUACGAGCAUUUUUUGUCAGCAUUCUUGGUCGAGGUAUCCUUUCCAGGAAAAAUGUCGCACGACUUAAGAUUUUGCAAAUCCUGGAUUGGUUCGCAUGCUGAGAUCCGCUCAGAUCUAGAACCAGCGUCUCAAGCAUCGAUGGGUGCCUCGCAAAGCGCUCAUUCGAAUAAGGGAGCCGAGGCUCUUGAAUUACUAACAAUUACCACUGGAGGACAUGAAAUACAGUUCUUCGCGCCUCUUACACCACAUCAUCUUGGGAUCUUCAUGCGAAAUAUUGCUUUCAUCUACCCAAUGAAAUUUCGGCCAGAUAAAGAGAGAGAAAGAUCGGACAGAUCGAGAAAUUAUAGAUUGUCCAAUCAACAAUUAUCAAACCACGGCCAGUGCAUGGCAUUCCUUAGAUUCAGUAUAAGCACCAAAGGAUCGAAGCAUCGUGCUGAACAUGAACGAUUGGAAACCUAA